AUGACAAACACAAACCGAACAUUAGUUGACUGGCUGGACGACCUCUGCGUGCGCUUCAUUGUCAACCUUCCCAAUGAAGAACUGCAGUCGGUGGAGCGAAUAUGCUUCCAGAUCGAGGAAGCCCAAUGGUUCUACGAAGACUUCAUCCGUCCCCUCGACCCCAACAACCUGCCCUCGAUGCAUCUGCGCAAGUUCUCCCAGCUCAUGUUCCAGCACUGCCCGCUCUUCUCUGCAUACUCCGAGGAGCUGCACCAGCAGGCCUACGAGCAGUUCCUCGCCUACAAGACACGGGUCCCGGUGCGCGGGGCCAUCAUGCUCAACGAGGAAAUGACACACGCCGUACUCGUCAAGGGCUGGAAGAAGGGUGCAAAAUGGAGUUUCCCACGAGGAAAGAUCAACAAGGAAGAGGCCGAUCUCGAUUGCGCCGUACGAGAAGUUUGGGAGGAGACAGGCUUCGACCUGAGGAAGGCUGAUCUGGUCGAGCCGGACGAACACAUGAAGAAGAUCACCGUCACGAUGCGCGAGCAGAGUAUGAUGCUGUACGUCUUCCGCGGUGUACCCAUGGACACGUACUUUGAGCCACAGACGAGAAAGGAAAUCUCAAAGAUCGACUGGUACAAACUCACCGAUCUACCUACCUUGAGGCGGAAGAACCAGGUGCAACAGCAGCAGGGCAAUGGACAAGAUCUGAUCAAAGAGAGCAGCUUCUACAUGGUCGCGCCGUUUUUGGGGCCUCUGAAGCAGUGGAUCAAGCAGCAGCACAAGCUUGGAAGGCAACGAGCACGGAACAGCGCCCACAUGGCUCCAGCACCAGUAGCAGGGACCGAUGAUGAGCAUGUUCAAUCUUCGUUAUACGAGACUACGGCCGACGAAGCAGCUCCCGUCGCAGAUGCGCAGGUAGCCAGCAACUUUGCAGAUAUGGUGGCCCGGUUGGGUCGCGGUCACCGCCCGAGCGACUCCUACCCAGAGCUGUCCCAAGAGCACCAGGCACCACCACAACAGAGUCAGGAUCCGGCAGAAGCGCUCAAACGCCUACUCAGCGUAGGCAUGCAAUCACCGCCCGUGGAAGCCCCUAGCCAGCCACCACCUCAAGGAAACCCGCUUCUGGCCUUGUUCAAGCAAGGCAACAACCAACAUGCGGGAAACCAGCAGCCUCGGACGCCAUUUGAGCAGAUCAUGUCCCCGCCUGUGCAGCCGUCAAGCCCUCAUGGUCAACACGGCCCUAGGCCUCCCCAAAUGGGCAAUAUGGGGCCUCCGCCGCCCUUCUUCCCACCCCACCAAGGUCUGCCGUUUCCAGGGCCUCCAGGCCACAUGCAUGGCAUGCAACCACCACCGCCUCAUAUGUCGCCUCAUUUCAUGCAUCAGCUACCGCAACAACAACAACAACAACAACAACAACAACAACAACAGCAGCAGCAGCAGCAGCAUAUGUUUUCACCCCAUCCACCUAACAUGCAGCAAGCGUUUGAUCAACGCAAUUCGCGGCCGGAAUUCCAAGAGAUUGGCGAUUCACAAUUUGCAAGCGGAAAUGGUAGACCGGCGAUACCACCGGCAUCCAAGUUGCCCGCACCGAAUCUCAAUGUGCAUGCACUUGGACUGCUGAGUUCGUUCAAGAAUGAUAAUCAACAGCCUACUUUCCCGCCAUCGCCCCAGACUACGAUCGCUGCUCCACUACAUCGAAGCCAACAAACAACGCCGAGAAUACAACACCCAAUGCCUCAACACAGGCCACACGGUCUUGUAUCACCGCAAGCACAAUUCAUCCCUAGUCCGCCACAGUUUCAGUCACCUCCUAUCAGUUCAAGCUUCGAACCUGAACAGCCCAAGCCAAGGAACGCCCAUCAAGAUUCUUUAUUGAGCAUGUUCAAAUCUACACCACCGCUUCCAAGUCCGCAGCCCCCGCCUGCAGAGCUGUCUGCAUUCCCCACUACGCCAGCAUACGUUUCUGCGCAACCUGUCGCGAAUCCUUCCAGACAGCCCAAUGCGGCUCUUCUUGCUGUAUUCAACGCUCCAUCAAACAAGACAAAUAUGACGUCGGCUACUGUGAGCGGACCAGUCAAUGCCCCGGAUUUCGAUACUAUGAAGAAGAACAGACAAGCGACAAAUGGCACUUCACGCGGACCGUCGCCUGCCACUAACAUGCCCUUUAUGCCUCAGCAGAUACUCAAGCGUACGCCGCAAGCUUCACCUAAACCUACGCCGCCGGUGGAAGUAUCUGGAUCGCCGCAAAUGGCGUUCCAGCCCCAGAUCCUGAAAAGGCCUCAACAACAGAUGAAGGUGCCAGGGCAGGCAGGUAUGUGCAUCCUCAUGCUAACUCCAAUCUUUGCUAUAACGCAUCUUACUGAUUAUCCAUGUCGUAUAGCUUCAGGAGAGCCGACAUCGCACAAACAAGGCUUGCUGGACAUGUUCAAGGGUUCUUCUCCACAACCUCCACCAGCUCAACCCGCGGUAUUACCAUCUCGCUCGCCUGCUCCUCCACCCUUAUCCGAUAUGGACCGUCGUGAAUCCGUACCUGCAGCCCAGAAGAACGCCCUGCUCUCCCUAUUCGGCAACAAACCAUCACCAUCUCCCAAACCCCAAACGCAGAGCCCGAUCCCACCAGCCCGCUCUCCUUUGCCGCCCACUCCCAAGACAACCGUGUCUGGUCUCGUCAGCCCAGUCAGCCCGCUGCCUACGAACGGUAGUGUAGGUGCAACUAGCCCGGAAGGAAUUGCGAAUAGGAGUCGUAUCAGCAGCAUCGGAGACGGAACAGCGCCCAGCAUCGUCAUACCACCCACAAGUCACCCAGUAGACGCAGGUGUUGGCCUGCCUCAGAACGAAGGUGUCAGUCUUGUUGGUCUUGGUGGUCAAGCUAGAACAGGAAGCACAGGCGAGGGUAAGAGUCCUGUGGAUAAGACUUUCCUGCUGGGUUUUUUGGAAGACGUAGCUAGACGUGGACGCUGA